AUGGCUGCGUCGCCGGCGGGGUCGGUGGUGAGCGCCGGGCUGGAUGAUAGCCCCACGGGGCUGAGCCCGGCCCCCGGCAAGGCGCUGAGCCCCGUGCUGCUGUGCAAGGUGUGCGGGGACACCAGCAGCGGGAAGCACUACGGCAUCUACGCCUGCAACGGCUGCAGCGGCUUCUUCAAGCGCAGUGUCCGCAGGAAGCUCAUCUACAGGUGCCAGGCGGGGACGGGGCUGUGCCCGGUGGACAAGGCGCACCGUAACCAGUGCCAGGCCUGUCGGCUGAAGAAGUGCCUGCAAGCCGGCAUGAACAAGGAUGCCGUGCAGAACGAGCGCCAGCCCCGCAGCACAGCCCAGGUCCGGCUGGACAGCAUCGAGCUGGACACCGAGCUGCCCACCGAGCACGUGGCCACCACCCGUGAGGUCCCCUCAACCCCCUGCCCGGCUCCUCGCGGUCCCGGUGCCACCGUCGCCGUCACCCCAGGUCCCCGAGCACCCACUCCACCCACCAACCAUCGCUUCAUGGCCAGCCUGAUGACGGCCGAGACCUGUGCCAAGCUGGAGCCCGAGGACGCUGACGAGACGGUGGAUGUGACGGGCAGCGAGCCGGAGCGGGCGGCCGGCGAGUACCAGGUGGCACCGUACCCCGCGGCCAGCCCCGAAAACGUCUAUGAAACCUCUGCGCGUCUCCUCUUCAUGGCCGUGAAAUGGGCCAAAAACCUGCCCGUCUUCUCCAACCUGCCCUUCCGUGAUCAGGUGAUCCUGCUGGAGGAAGCUUGGAGCGAGCUGUUCCUGCUCUGUGCCAUCCAGUGGUCCAUGCCCCUGGAGAGCUGCCCGCUGCUGGCCGUGCCCGAGCUGGCCCCUGGCAAGCUGCUGCCGGCUGCCCUGGAUGUCCGGGCGCUGCAGGAGACCCUCGGCCGCUUCAAGGCGUUGGCCGUCGACCCCACCGAAUUUGCCUGCAUGAAGGCGGUGGUGCUCUUCAAACCAGAGACCCGUGGCCUGAAGGACCCCGAGCAGGUGGAGAACCUGCAGGACCAGUCGCAGGUGAUGCUGGGCCAGCACAACCGUUCUCACUACCCCGGGCAACCUGUCAGGUUUGGGAAGCUGCUGCUGCUCCUCCCGGCGCUGCGCUUCAUCUCCUCCGAGCGCGUGGAGCUGCUCUUCUUCCGCCGGACCAUCGGCAACACCCCCAUGGAGAAGCUGCUGUGUGACAUGUUCAAGAACUGA